CCUCAUUCGUAAGGCAGUGCUCAGCCAAAGCAGACGUACAUUAGUGCAUAUACUCCAAUUUACAAGAAAAGUGCAAGAAUAAAUUUAUUUUAAUAAUUGAUUCAAAUUAUAGUUAGCUAAAGACAAAAAAAGACAAGAGAAAUAUGCAGAUCUUCGUCAAGACUUUGACUGGCAAGACCAUCACUUUGGAGGUUGAGCCCUCGGACACCAUUGAGAAUGUUAAGGCCAAGAUCCAAGACAAGGAGGGUAUUCCCCCAGAUCAGCAGCGUCUGAUCUUCGCUGGCAAGCAGCUGGAGGAUGGACGCACUCUGUCCGACUACAACAUCCAGAAGGAGUCGACCCUUCAUCUGGUCCUCCGUCUGCGUGGUGGCAUGCAGAUCUUCGUCAAGACUUUGACUGGCAAAACCAUCACCUUGGAGGUCGAACCCUCGGACACCAUUGAGAAUGUUAAGGCCAAGAUCCAGGACAAGGAGGGUAUUCCCCCAGAUCAGCAGCGUCUGAUCUUCGCUGGCAAGCAGCUGGAGGACGGACGCACUCUGUCCGACUACAACAUCCAGAAGGAGUCGACCCUUCAUCUGGUCCUCCGUCUGCGUGGUGGCAUGCAGAUCUUCGUCAAGACUUUGACUGGCAAAACCAUCACCUUGGAGGUCGAACCCUCGGACACCAUUGAGAAUGUUAAGGCCAAGAUCCAGGACAAGGAGGGUAUUCCCCCAGAUCAGCAGCGUCUGAUCUUCGCUGGCAAGCAGCUGGAGGAUGGACGCACUCUGUCCGACUACAACAUCCAGAAGGAGUCGACCCUUCAUCUGGUCCUCCGUCUGCGUGGUGGCAUGCAGAUCUUCGUCAAGACUUUGACUGGCAAGACCAUCACUUUGGAGGUUGAGCCCUCGGACACCAUUGAGAAUGUUAAGGCCAAGAUCCAAGACAAGGAGGGUAUUCCCCCAGAUCAGCAGCGUCUGAUCUUCGCUGGCAAGCAGCUGGAGGAUGGACGCACUCUGUCCGACUACAACAUCCAGAAGGAGUCGACCCUUCAUCUGGUCCUCCGUCUGCGUGGUGGCAUGCAGAUCUUCGUCAAGACUUUGACUGGCAAAACCAUCACCUUGGAGGUCGAACCCUCGGACACCAUUGAGAAUGUUAAGGCCAAGAUCCAGGACAAGGAGGGUAUUCCCCCAGAUCAACAGCGUCUGAUCUUCGCUGGCAAGCAGCUGGAGGAUGGACGCACUCUGUCCGACUACAACAUCCAGAAGGAGUCGACCCUUCAUCUGGUCCUCCGUCUGCGUGGUGGCAUGCAGAUCUUCGUCAAGACUUUGACUGGAAAAACCAUCACCUUGGAGGUCGAGCCCUCGGACACCAUUGAGAAUGUCAAGGCCAAGAUCCAGGAUAAGGAGGGUAUUCCUCCAGAUCAGCAGCGUCUGAUCUUCGCUGGCAAGCAGCUGGAGGAUGGACGCACUCUGUCCGACUACAACAUCCAGAAGGAGUCGACCCUUCAUCUGGUCCUCCGUCUGCGUGGUGGCAUGCAGAUCUUCGUCAAGACUUUGACUGGAAAAACCAUCACCUUGGAGGUCGAGCCCUCGGACACCAUUGAGAAUGUUAAGGCCAAGAUCCAGGACAAGGAGGGUAUUCCCCCAGAUCAGCAGCGUCUGAUCUUCGCUGGCAAGCAGCUGGAGGAUGGACGCACUCUGUCCGACUACAACAUCCAGAAGGAGUCGACCCUUCAUCUGGUCCUCCGUCUGCGUGGUGGCAUGCAGAUCUUCGUCAAGACUUUGACUGGCAAAACCAUCACCUUGGAGGUCGAGCCCUCGGACACCAUUGAAAAUGUUAAGGCCAAGAUCCAAGACAAGGAGGGUAUUCCCCCAGAUCAGCAGCGUCUGAUCUUCGCUGGCAAGCAGCUGGAGGAUGGACGCACUCUGUCCGACUACAACAUCCAGAAGGAGUCUACUUUGCACUUGGUGCUCCGUCUACGUGGUGGUAAUUAAAUUUGAAAAUUAUAAAAACCGCUAUAUUAUAUAAAUAUUGGAAACUAUAUAUGUACUCGGCUAACAAAAAUGUAUUCCAUUUGAUGUUUAAUUGGCAGUAAAUGUUUCGCAAAAUCCUAAAAUAUUUAAAUAUUCAAUAAAAGUUCCAUUGUGUGCGUUCAAUAAUAAAAA